GUGACUCCCGGCGGGGUGGGAAAGCUCCCCCCGGGUGUCCAUCUCUCGCUACGAGGGGGAGGGGCCGAGUGAUGAGUACUCCCUGAAACACGUCCCAGGGGUGCCCCGUGGGGGGGGGGGCGUUGUGUGGGCCCUCAUGUGUAUGAGAACUAGGCAGGGCAGCAGUCCCUGGGCCCCAGGAGCAGGAGAAGAGGCUGCUGACCCCAGGCAGACUGGCAGAGGAGCCUGUGUGGCAGUGCCCACUCUGCCUGUGGUAAAGAGACCUUCCACAGGGAGCCGGCGCCAGCCCCCUCGGCCCUCCUCGGGGGUGGCCACCUUUGUGGGGAUGGGAGGGGCCGUGGGGGCUUUGGGAGCCAGACUCCCCACUGGGAGGCUCAGGCCUGCUCUGUUCCCCGCCUGGGGCUGUCUCCAGGUUACCCCGGUCUCCUCCCCCAACACAGCAGGCCCUUGGACUACAAGGCUGCUGGGGCCCACUUGUGGAUGUGGCCCCGGCCCGUCUGCCCUCCCCCAGGCCUGCUGGUGCUUGGGUGGUGGAGGACACCUGGUGUCAGAGAUCCCACCCCCAGGGAGCCGAGCCCCCAGCAUGUGGUGGUCAGUUAGGGGGCAGUGGAGGCCUGAGAGAGGUGCUGCCAGCCCGGGGGAGCGGGACAUGGGUGGAGGGGCCUCUAGGCCAUGGCUGGAGCAGCCGGUCAUGGUCAGGCCCGAUGCGGAAGGACUCCUCAGACGUAACAACAUGCAGGCUUAUGUGGAAAAUCAGCAUGGAGCCCUCGUAGGCGCUGGGGAUGGGCGCGUGAGAGUGAGCUUGCCCGGGCGGCGAACGCUGUUCAGCCCCGAGCCCCAACGCAGACGACAAGCCAUGACUCACAUGCGGAGACAUCGGAGAUCCCAAGGCCUGCCCGCCCUCCUGCUGGCCACGCUGGCGAGAAGCGAGGCAGAGAGCGCCAGAGGGGCCGCGGCCUCCCAGGCUUCCGCGCAGGCCGCCAUCGGCGACGGCGGUGGCAGACGAGACCCUGCACGCCGGGCCCAGCGGUCCCAAGAUCCCCCCGAUGGGCAAGCGCGCGGCGGCGGCGCCGCCAGUGACAAUGGCAGCGGCGGCAGUGACAAUGGCCGCGGUGGCAGUGACGGUGGCAGUGGCAGCGGUGGCGGCGGCAGUGAUGGCGGCAGCAGCGACAGUGGUAGUGAUGGCGGGGGCAUCGGCGGCAUCAGCGGCAGCGGCGGCAUCGGCGGCGGCAUCGGCGGCGGCAUCAGUGGCGGCAUCAACGGUGGCAUCAGCGGCAGCAUCAACGGUGGCAUUGGCGGUGGCAUCAGCGGUGGCAUCGGCGGCGGCAUCGGUGGCGGCAUCAACGGUGGCAUUGGCGGUGGCAUCAGCGGUGGCAUCAGCGGUGGCAUCGGCGGCGGCAUCGGCGGUGGUGGCGGCAUCAACGGCGGCGGCGGAGGAGCGGACCAAGCUGCUCCUGCACGGAACCCCGCAGGACCCAUGUAAUGGGCCUGGGACAGGACUGGAGCUCCCCUUCCCCUCACCACCCCUGCCUUUCCCCUCCUCUUCCCCUGCCUUCCUCUGUGGCCCUUCUCUCCCCUAUGUCAUCGGCCCGAAGGCGCCCCACGCCAACAGCGCCCCUCUGACCAUCCUGACGGGGCAGGAGCGUCAACAUUCAUCCUCUACAAAUCCUUCGCCUGUUCCCACUGUCGAGGAUUUAUUCUUUGUAUUUUAACAUUUGUUGCCUUACAACGUACAACUAACGCUAAAAGAGCUUCAGUCCAAGAAUAAAAAUAAA